AUAACUAUGAACGUAACGGCAAAUAGAACGGUUGAAUUUGCCCUGCGAGCGCUGCAGCUUAUCUUUGCAAUCAUCGUCAUAGGAACAGACGGCUACGCUAUCCACGUGUUUCGCGGCCAUACUGUCUACGAACACUUCGAGUUCGGCAACUUCUACGAUUACUACGGCGUCCCUGAUGCGUGGGGCUUCUUAAUGUUCUGUGCUGGGUGGACAUUUCUGGGCGUCAUAUUUCUCCUCAUUGCUGGAAUCAGGUUCGCGGAUCAUGCAUUGAUUGGCUAUGUUCGUAUCGCCGUCGAGGCUGUGGCUCUCCUCUCAUGGCUUGCUGGUUUCAUUGCUGUGGCUGUUAACAUAGGGAGCAAUGCAUGUCCGGCAGAAGAGAACAGCUGUGGAUCACUCAAGACUGCGACAGUCUUUGGGGCAUUGGAAUGGCUGCUAUUCGUGAUUACCACAACCCUGACUAUCAGGCUCGUCUUCAACAGCACUCGGCGGUCAAAGAAUUCUACA